CCAAAUGAUAACACAUUGAUACUCAAUAUGUUGGCGAAUAUACAAGUGUUAGGCCUACAUGUCAUGUCGUCGUGUAUGUUAACCGAAUAUUUUAUUUCGUAUAGUAUCAAGAACUUUGUGCUGAUGGAGACAAUAGUAAAUAGUUCAUUUAAUGCGGGAGAGACCAUCCACAGGCACUGAAAGGUGUAUCCAUGAAACGAUCGAGGCGCAAACGUCUUGGUUUUGCUCCCAAUGCAACACAGUCCAGGAAAUAGGAUCUACUUAGGAGUUAAAGAAGCAAUUGGAAGCUUUUCUUAUCGUCAUCGCUCGUGCGGAAUCAAGCUCUUAGGGCAUUGAAUACUUGGGAGACCGAUGACUAUCCCUGUGUCACAGUGGUUUCGACUCACUCAAUCAUAUGCACUUCAACAUACAGCGCAUGCUUUCACCUUUGCGUUCGCCUAUUCUUCGGGAGUGCUUCCAGGAUAUGUUUUGAUCACACACUUGCACACAGGGUGAGGACCUGCCUGGAAGCUGCUGAAAAAUAAAGCCAAAGAAAGGCCAGCCAGUGAACAGGAGAGGAGACAUGGAGUAACAGUGGCUGACUAUACACAGCCACAGAUUGAGCUUGUUAAUGUGUUGCCAUAUACCAUGCCUGAUUCCUUCUGACACAGUGUAAGGUACCCAGAGAUGUACGAUUCCCGAUAGUGCUGUGUAAGCUAUUUUACAAAGGGCUGUAUAGCAGGCACAGAGACAUUGACAGUGUUGGAUUCACUGACUGUCAGUGCAUGGAUGAAGACAGAUAGAUGGCAUACUGAAGAUAGAUGGCAAAAGAGUGUUAAAUGAACACGGCCUGAAUAGCACUGGAUGCACCCUUACAGUUGGCAGUGGAUGAGCACGGACAGAUAGCAUUGGGAUUGGCUGAUACAGACGGAGAACGCUACAGCUAGAUGAGCUACUGCGGAUAGCAGUGUAGAUCCACUGUUAGCGAGUUAGCGCAGGCAGGGAGUGGGAGGCAUAGCACCAUGAACCCCAGAGAGAGCGGAGGAGGAGGAGUGGAGGCCAUGGAGACCCAGGCGGGAGGGCUGGAGGAGGGGGAGGAGGGAUGCAAGGCCAGCCAUGGAGGAGAUGGAGAAGAGGGGGAAGAAGACAAGGCCUCAGCCUACGACUGCAACGUGUGUGGCCGCAGCUUCCCCUUCCAGAGCUCUCUGUCGCAGCACAUGCGGCGCCACACAGGCGCACGCCCCUACAAGUGCCCCUACUGCGACCACCGCGCCUCCCAGAAGGGCAACCUCAAGGUUCACAUCCGCAGUCACAAGCUGCGCACGCUCACUAGCCACCACCCCGAGGAGGAGGAGGGGCCAGAGGAGGAAGAGGACGGGUCAGUUGAAGUGGGUGUGUCUGAGGGACUGGACGGUGGAACCAGUCCGACGAAGAGCAGCUCGGCCUGUAACAGGGUCGUCAACGGAGACGCUGACACAGAAGAGGGCAUAGGGAAGACGGCGGUGAGGAGCGUCAAAAGGGAGAAGUCGAGCUCUGAGCAGCGGCCAUAUUGCUGCCGUCUGUGCGGGUACCAGACCCAGCGCGAGGACCAACUCCUCAGUCACAUCGAGAAGGUGCACAUCACAGCCGACAUGGAGGACGAGACUACCCCAGUGAGUCAGGAGGCAGUGGCAACGGAGGGAGAAGCAGGGACUCAGGUCACUGAUGGUGCCUUCCCCUGUGAGACGUGUGGCCAGGUGUUCACACAGGCCUGGUUCCUUAAGUCCCACAUGAAGAAACACGCAGGCCUCCUUGAGCACUGUUGUCGGGUGUGCGGCCGCCGCUUCAGGGAAGCCUGGUUCCUCAAGAGCCACAUGAAGACCCACAAUGGCUCCAAGGCCUCCGGCCGGGGGAAACCAAAGGCAGACUCCCAAGAGGCCGCGGCCACCGUCAACGACGUGGCCCAAGACCCAGAGACCAAUGUGACCUCCACAAGCCUUUACCAGGUUUGCUCCAAGUGUGGAAACCUGUUCCAUGACCGAGAGAGCCUGAAGGCCCACGAGAAGAUCCACAGCCAGGCUAAGCAGCCGACACAGGGCCAGAGACGACCUAGCGAUGACGCGGACUCUCUCGGUGCCAAAAGGCGCCUCCUGGACUACCUCAGCCUCCAGCCAGCUGUCGAAGAAAAACCCCAGGAAGAGAAGAGGCGCUUAGGCCAGAGGAUCCCCGAGCUGGACCCAGUUUGUAGCUACCAGGCCUGGCAGCUGGCUACGCGGGGCAGGGUUCUGGAGCCUGUGGAGGCAUACAGUAUGAAGGCUACGGCAGGUGGAGAAGGGGAUGAGGUCCUGGCUGGAGGGACCGUGGUGUACGAGAAGAAGAGCAGCCACUACAUCCUGGAGGGCCAGCAGAGGGAGCGACGCUCAGGGAGACGCAGCAGCGCCAGCGGGGGAGGGGGUAGUAGCCACCACACCUCCCCCGGGGAGCGCACUCCCGAGAGCCUGAGCGACUCGGAGUACCGUCCCUCCUCGCGCCAGGGCCGACGUUCCUCCUCCUCCCAGCAGAGCCAGUCCAAGUCCACCGAGUGCUUCGAGUGCGGAAAGGUGUUCCGCAGCCGCCACCAGAUGAUUGUGCACCAGCGGGUCCACCAGAGGCGAGAUGGGGGCAGGGGUUCCGGGUCCGGAGGGGACAACAGGGCAGGGCAAGGAGGGGACCGCUGGGGAUCCACCAGUGAUCCCGAAUCAGGCUCCCCUAGCAGGCCCAGCACCCCAGGGUACGGGAACUCACCACCAGCCUCCACCCUGGGAGAGGACGCCCCUGAGAUGGGCACCGGCAACGCAGUCCCACUGGCAGAUGAGAAGCCUUACGUCUGCAGCCUGUGUGACUUUGUCAGCACGGAGUCCUCUGCCUUCCUGUCCCAUCUACGUCUCCAGCACACCAGUGACGGCCGACCUAUUCCCAACCCCAGCUCCAGCUCUGAGAGAGGCACCCCCAGUAGCGUCCCUAAGCUGAAGAGGGCUCUCCUCCACGGGCUUGCUCAAUCCUCUGCCCCCCACCCUUACCUCUCUGCCCGGCCGUCGAGAGACAAAUGCACCGCAGAGAGCAGUUCACCCGCUGACUCUCACCGUGUUGCUCCUCUGGACCUGUGUGUGAGAGCCGAGGGCCACAGGGGCCCGGCCUCCUCAGCCCUUCAGCAGAAGGGCCUGCCCAGUCAUAAGUGCUCCUACUGCUCCCACUCCACCCACUACCUGGAGGUGUUGUGGAUGCACCAGACUGUCGCCCAUCGCAUCAACAGCAGCGCCCUGGCCCCCAAAUGGGCCCUCCUGAAGAAUGGCUUCAAGGGCCCCCGAGAGGGCUCGUCCUCAAGGAGACGCACGGGCCCUCCUCCCGCUCUGGAUGGGAGGGAGUGUCCCCCAUUGCCCCCUGUGGUGCGCACCCCACGCACACGCCCCCCAUCGUUGAAUGGGGGCCAGAAGAAAGACAGCAGGGACAGGGCAGCCAGUCAACCCAGCACCUCUUCCUCCUCCUCCACACAAGGGUCCUCCUCCUCUGUCUCAGGCCCCCAGAGUGUGCGGCCUCCCAGGGUAGGCAGCUGCAGACAGAGAGGCGAGGCUGUGCCGGAUCAGGGCCACCGCUCUCGCUCCAACUCCAGGCCCAGAGUGGAGAUCUACCCACGGGGAGGCUGCUCGACCGGCUCCCUGGAGAAGAGCACUGCAGCCAGGGCUCCCCAGCGACCCGCAGCCCCUAGCCUCGGUGUCGGAGGAACCACCAGGCUGGUGGAAAGGUACAUGUUGCCUCAGGAAGGCCUGGGAUUCAUGCUGUCCAGCAAACACGGCAUUGCAGAGUACAGCAGAGCCAGGAGCUCGCCUCAGCCCCAGCCCAAGCCCAGGAGCUCCCAGUCCCACACCCAGUCUCACCCACAGUCCCAGGGCAGACCCAGGGCUGAGCGCCCAGCCCACAACACCACCACGGCAGGCCAGGGCUAUGGAGCCUCCCACUCCCAGACACAUGGGAGCGCCGUCCAGGUAUCCUCCACCUCCUCCUCGUCAGCCCAGCGUGCGGAGGUGAAACAGGAGGAGGCACGGGGGGUGGAGACACCAGAGCUGCCCAUGGACAUCCUGAGCUUCCUGAAGAGCUGCAACUCCAAUGACCUGGCGACACUCUACCACCGCUGGGGCGCCGCCAACCCCCUACUGGACCCCACAGGGAUGCUGAGGCCUCUGGUUCGACAAGGGGAAUAUGGCUGCCAAGAGUGCGGGAAGAGCUUCAGUCAGCACAGUCACCUCCGCACACACAUGAGAUCCCACACAGUCGUGUCUGAUUAUAACGGACUCCGAGGUGCUGACGUUCAAACCAACUCCUCGGAAGCUCGCAAACAAGGGAGAGACCGUUCCGAUGCCGCCUCUGCCCGUACCGAGCCUCUCAGAAAGGGAACCUGAAGACCCACGUCCAGAGUGUCCACCACGUACAUUUCGACAACGCCCAGUACCCUGAUUACAGACCACCGGGACUGGGCCGCGAUCAGGAGGAGG